AUGGACGACCCAGCAUUUGAGACCGAGACUGACCUCCAAACGCAAAGCAUAUUGCUUGCUGCUGCGAACCACGAUACUGAAUCUCUUCGCAACCUCUUGCGCAAUUCUUCCGCCAACGUCCAAGAUUCCGAGACGGGCUUCACACCUCUGCACGCCGCGAUUGCUGCUUGCGAACCCGACAAUGAUAACGCGAAACAAGAAAACGUCCAAUCAAACGGAGAUGCUGCAAAUGCGUCUGCAGAAUCGGAGGAUGUGGACAGUGCUGUCAAGACAGUCAAAUUCUUGUUUGAGAACGGCGCGAUAUGGAAUGAUUUGGAUUCAAACGGCGAGACACCAGGAUGCAUAGCGCAUAGGUUGGGCUUGAGGGAGCUAUAUGAUCUAUGCGUAGACGCCGGCGUCCGCGCAGAAAUGCUGCUGAGUCGUUUGGAGCAAUACCAGUCUCUAGGAGACGACGAUUCGGACGAUGACGAUGACGAGGAAGAGAUUGAGGUCGGGCAAGUUGAAGAGAGCGUAGAAACACUGGAUUUGAACCAAGGAGACAAAAAUGGCGACGAGUCGACGGAAAACCCAAACUAUCUUGCGUCGAAGCUCACAUUCGAUCGCGACCGAUUACUGGAUGGCUCGGGGAACGGUGUCAUGAUGGAGUGGGAGACAACUUUGAUGCGCAAAUCGGCAGAACUCCUGGCGCCCCAAGAAGGUCUACGCAUACUCAACGUGGGCCAUGGAAUGGGCAUCGUCGAUGGGAUUUUCCAGGAGAAAAAACCAAAAGCUCACCAUAUCAUCGAGGCGCAUCCAGAUGUGGUCAAACGUAUGAAGGAACAGGGCUGGCAUGAGAAGCCAGGAGUUGUAAUUCACGAGGGCCGAUGGCAGGAUAUUGUCCCAGGACUCGUUGAAAAGGGCGACAUGUUCGAUGCCAUCUACUUUGACACUUUUGCCGAGGAGUACAGCGCCCUCCGUGAAUUCUUCAGUGAAUCCGUUAUCGGACUGCUCGACCCCUCUGGCGGCGCAGAUGGCGAGGGCGGUAAAUUCGGUUUCUUCAACGGCAUGGGCGCAGAUCGGCAAGUUGUAUACGAUGUGUACAACAAGAUUGUUGAGUUUGACCUCUUCGAGGCUGGCUUCGAUACGGAAUGGGAGACGAUUCCUGUGCCGGAUCUGGAUGAAAAGGGUGAAUGGGAGGGUGUCAGGAGAAAGUACUGGGUAUUGAAAGAUUACAAGCUCCCGACUUGCAGCUUCAUUGGCUGAUGGAAAUCCCACAUGAAAUGACACGAAAGAGCUAUGUGCUAAAACAAAAC